AGAGUGAGUUUGAAGCUCAGAACCACCUGAAGUACUGACAGGUAGAACUACAGUAAUCUGCACCACCUGAAGUACUGACAGGUAGAACUACAGUAAUCUGCACCACCUGAAGUACUGACAGGUAGAACUACAGUAAUCUGCACCACCUGAAGUACUGACAGGUAGAACCACAGUAAUCUGAGAGCUAAAACCUGAAACAUGGAGCUGAGCUGUGAUCAUGGCUGGUUUCUGUCUUCACUCGUCUCCAUGACUUGGUUCUGUUUGACCUGAAGGACCGCCCUGUUUACUUCAGUGACUUCCACAUGCUAACAGUUGCAGCCGAUGACCUGAGCUGGGAGCAGAUCCCUCAGACCGGAGAAGUUCCUCCUGCCAGGGCUGGACACACUCUGUGUGUCGUCAAAGGCAGGUUGUACCUGUUUGGAGGAUCUUCCAGUCCAGACGCCUCUGAGUGUCUCCCAGGAGUCUUCAGCUUCGAUGUUGUGUCCCUGACCUGGGAGUCCUUACAGACCAGCGGCGUGGCCCUCCGGACCCUCAGACCCAGCUCCGCCGCCGUUGGAGACAACAUCUACGUAUACGGAGGAGAAGUGAACGGGACAYCCACUGACGACCUCAUGGUCUUCAACACCGUGUCCCUGAACUGGACUCCGGUUAAAACCAGCGGACCCACUCCCCCGGCCCUGCAGGGUCAGAGUUUCGCUCUGGCCGGGAACCAGAUCUUCAUGUUUGGAGGUUUUGGAGCCGGAGGAGAGUUCUGUACGGACCUUUAUGUUCUUCAGACAGAGAAUCUCUUGUGGCAGAAAUCUGAGCUGAGAGGAGAAACUCCUUCAGGCUGCAGAGAACAAACUCUGAC